AUGGCGGCGCGGCCGCCCCUCCGUGUGCUGGGCCUGGCCGGCUUCCGGCAGAGCGAGCGGGGCUUCCGUGAGAAGACAGGGGCGCUGAGGAAGGCGCUGCGGGGCCGCGCGGAGCUCGUGUGCCUCAGCGGGCCGCACCCGGUCUCCGAGGCAGCGGCCCCCGAGGGCGCCGGGCCAGACUCCGGACCCUGUGCUCCCGAGGAGCAGCCUCGAGGCUGGUGGUUUUCUGAACAAGAAGCAGAUGUUUUCUCUGCGCUGGAAGAGCCCACCGUGUGCAGGGGGCUGGAGGCGGCGCUGGAAACGGUGGCCCAGGCCCUGGACACGCUGGGGCCUUUUGACGGACUUCUUGGCUUCAGCCAGGGGGCCGCACUCGCAGCUUCUGUGUGUGCCCUGGGUCAGGCAGGCGAUCCCCGUUUCCCCUUGCCGAAAUUUAUCAUACUCGUGUCGGGCUUCUGUCCCCGAGGCCUUGGCCUCAAGGAACCCACCCUGCAGAGCUCCUUGUCACUGCCUUCGCUCCAUGUAUUCGGGGACACUGAUCGAGUCAUACCUUCUCAGGAGAGUAUGAAACUGGCUAGCCAGUUCCUUGGAGCUGUCACCCUCACCCACCCUGGCGGUCACUUCAUACCGGCAGCUGCGUCUCAGCGUCAAGCCUACCUGAGGUUCUUGGACCAGUUUGCAGAAUAAAGGAUCAACAAAUGUCUCCGGACUGCACCGGCUUGCUCCA